ACCGCGGCUUCCGCCCGGAGCCCGGAACCGAGCCCGGGAGCCGAGGGCGGGGAGCCAGUGUCCCGUCCGCCAGCCCCAACCCGCAGACGGUUCCCUGUCUCCCGCGCCCCAGUUUCGAUUUUCAAACGCAACUCCUACAGGAUUCUGAGACCCUGCCCCAUCUCCUAUAUCCCAUUUCCAGCUGCAAAUUACUGCAGAAUCUGAACCCAGGAAAGAAACCCAUUUGCCGCCCCCCGUCUUCCCUCUCUAGACAGGUGGAGGGCGGGUGAGGGUCGCGCUCUGCAUUCCCCCUGCACCUUUCCCACUCUUCCGCCAGUCCCUGGGGGUCCUCCGUCACCGCGGCCAUGGCCCAGAAGCCUAAGGUGGACCCCCACGUCGGGCGGCUGGGAUACCUGCAGGCGCUGGUCACGGAAUUCCAGGAGACCCAAAGCCAAGACGCCAAGGAGCAAGUCCUCGCCAACCUCGCCAACUUCGCUUAUGACCCCAGCAACUACGAGUAUCUGCGGCAGCUGCAGGUUCUGGAUUUAUUUCUGGAUUCGCUGUCGGAGGAGAGUGAGACCCUGGUGGAGUUUGCUAUUGAUUCAUCCAAAUUGUUGCAGUAUCAUCGUCCAUUCCUUUGGAUGUGCCACAAUUUGUUUAUGCAUCUGCCUGUAGACGGAGAUUUGAGUUGUUUCUAGUUUAGAAGCUUUAUGAAUGAAGCUGUUAGGAUCAUGUUCAUACAAAUAUGUCCUCAUUUCUCUCACCUAGGAGUGGAGUUGCUCAGUCCUAGGGUAGAUGUGCAUUUAACGUCAUGAGAAGCUGCCAAAUCACUUUCCACGUAGUUACACCAGGUUAUGCUAUAUGCUCCACUUCCUUGCCAACACUUAGUAUUGGCCAUUUUUUUUUGUUUUUGAGAUGGAGUCUCGCUCUGUCACCUACGCUGGAGCACAGUUGGCACGAUCUCGUCUCGCUGCAACCUCCGCCUCCUGGGUUCAAGCAAUUCUCCCACCUCAGCCUCCGGAGUAGCUGAGGUUGCAUGUGUACGCCACCAUGCCUGGCUAAUUUUUGUAUUUUUAGUAGAGACAGGUUUUCGCCAUGUUGGCCAGGCUGGUCUGGAACUCCUGACCUCAAGUGAUCCACCCUCCUCAGCCUCCCAAAGUGCCGGGAUUACAGGUGUGAGCCACCGCGUCCAGCAGCAGUUUUUUAUUUUUGCUAUUAUGUUGAGUGUGUGGUGGCAUGUUCUUGUGGUUGUAAUUUUUAUUUCUCUGAUACAUAAUGAGCACAUUUCCAUAUGUUUUGGUCCUUUUGCAAAGAAGACUUUGUUUAAGUCUUUUUGCUCAUUUUCAAAAUUGGGUUGUUCAUCUUUUAUUGAUAUGCAGGAGUUCUUGAUGUGUUCUGGAUACCAGCGUUCUGUCAGAUGGAUAGUCAGUGAAUGUUUUCUCCUUUUGCCUUUUUACUGUGUUAAUGGUGUCAUUUGAUGAGUUAUUCUCCUAUCUCAGUGAAAUUCAGCUUUUAAAAAAGAAUAACAUCUGGCCGGGCGUGGUGGCUCACGCCUGUAAUCCCAGCACUUUGGGAGGGCGAGGCAGGUGGAUCACAAGGUCAGGAGUUCAAGAUCAGCCUGGCCAAGAUGGUGAAACCCCGUCUCUACUAAAAAUACAAAAGGAAAUUAGGCAUGUUGACGGGCGCCUGUAAUCCCAGCUACUCGGGAGACUGAGGCAGAGAACUCUGGAGGUGGAGGAUGCAGUGAGCCAAGAUUGCGCCACUGCACUCCAGUCUGGGCGACAGAGUAAAACUCCGUCUCAAAACAAAAACAAAAAGGAAUAAUAUUUUUCAAAAUUAUUAUUAUUAUUAUUAUUUUUGACGGGGUUUCACUCUUGUUACCCAGGCUGGAGUGCAGUGGGGUGAUCUCGGCUCACCGCAACCUCCGCCUCCCGGGUUCAAGAGAUUCUCCUGCCUCAGCUUCUCGAGUAGCUGGGACUAGUGCCACCACGCCCAGCUGGUUUUUUGUAUUUUUAGUAGAGAUGGGGUUUCACCAUGUUGGCCAGGCUAGUCUCGAACUCCUGACCUCAGGUGAUCCUCCUGCCUCACCUCUCAAAGUGCUGGGAUUACAGGAGUGAGCCACUGCGCCUGGCCCCGGCUUUUUUAAUUUUUAAAAGAAUAUCUGUAGAGAUAACAUUUUCCUAUUUAUUAAACACCUGCUAAUGCGAGGCUGCUGAUAGAGAAUGAGACAGGGCAGAGUCCCCAUUCUCACGGAGUUUAUAGUUUAGUGGAGCAACAGCCAAUAAACAUUUUGACAAA